AUGUCACCCAAGCCUUGGGUAAUCAUCGUGGGUGCGGGGCCAUCUGGCCUCCUCUUGGGCCUUCUACUGGCCAAACGAAACAUUCCCGUUCAAAUCGUCGAGCUUUCCAACAAAUUGGACGAACAGCCACGAGCCACACACUAUGGAACCCCGGCAAUGUACGAACUACGCAGAGCCGGUGUACUCGAGGACCUCCGCACCGCAGGAUUUCUCCCGGCAGAGGUAUGCUGGCGCAAGCUUGAUGGGACCGUCCUAGCAGGCAUGGAAUGGAGGGUGGUUGGCGACGACCCGGACCGCAUGGUUUGUUUGCCAUUAAAUUGCCUAGGAAAGAUACUCUACGAUCAUAUCAGUCGCCAACCAUCGGCCAGCAUAUCCUGGGACCACAAAGUCGUCUCAAUCGGCCAGGACGAAGAUAAGGCGUGGAUCAAGGUCGAAACGGCUCAGGGAGAGAAGACUCUGGAGGCGUCGUACAUAGUGGGUUGUGACGGAGCAAACAGUCAAGUUCGACGCUCGUUAUUCGGCGACAAGGAGUUUCCCGGGAAGACUUGGGACGAGCAAAUCGUUGCGACGAACACAUACUACGACUUCUCCAGAUUUGGUUGGAAGGAUGCUAACUUCAUCAUCCACCCGGAACACUGGUACAUGGCGGCGCGCAUCGGUAAAGACGGUCUCUACCGUGUCACAUACGGCGAGUUGCCUGGCUUGACACACGAGGAACUCCGUGAGCGCCAGCCGUGGAAAUUCAAGACAAUGCUCCCUGGAAAUCCGGAGCCGGACCAAUAUCGCAUUGUCAAUUUCAGCCCCUAUCGCGUCCAUCAGCGUCUCGCACCGAGUAUGCGUGUCGGACGCUUCUGUUUAGCUGCGGACGCUGCUCAUCUAUGCAACCCCUUCGGCGGCCUCGGACUCACAAGUGGCAUCGUCGAUGUCGGCAACCUCUACGACUGUCUGGCGGGCAUUUACGAGAGUGUAGCCGACGAUUCCAUCCUAGACAAGUAUUCCGAGAUCCGCCGACAGAAGUACCAUGAAAUCAUCAAUCCAAUCUCAAGCGACAAUAUAGUGCGGUUAUUCGGACAGGACCCCGAUACGGCGCUGGAGGAGGACGAGUUUCUCAAGAUGUGUAAAAGGGCGGAAACAGAUGAGGAUUUUGCGAGGGAAAUGCAGAAUGAAGCAAAUGCGUUGAAACAUGAUUUUACGCAGUAUUAUCGGAAACCGGCCAUUCCUGAGAAGCUCAAAAGUCGAGGGAUCUGA